CGCUCUGCUUGAGCUCUUUACUUUGGCCUGCCAGCGAUUUCAAUCGAAUUAUUAUAAUGGCAGAUUUGCCUCCCCGACCGCCAACCGGUCUCCCGCCUCUGGCUCCUGGCUGGACCGAGCAUAAAGCGCCCUCAGGACAUUUAUAUUACUACAAUAGAGAAACCAAAAAGUCCACAUACACGCGCCCUGUAUCGGAAGCAUAUGGCCAUCAAACAAUCCCUACCGGAUCUGCGCAGCAUGCCUCGAAUACAGGCUCUACCAGCGACCUAUUCCAUCCCUUGACCGCUCAAGCCCCGAUAACUUCGCAGACACCUUCGAAUUAUCAGCCCCAAUUCUACCUCUAUGGAGGACCAGUGGAACAAAAACCAAAACGUGGGUGGCAGCAUGCGCCAGUAGAUCAGCAAAGAGGAGGCCAUCGAGGCGGAGCUCGAGGAGGACACAGAGGGGACCAUAGCAGCUUUCCCGACCGGCGGCGGCAGCAGGAGGAUCGCCCGAAGCAUCGUCACGAUAUUCCCAAUUGCGCACCGUGGGUUCUAGUCAAGACCAAACUAGGGCGGCGCUUCGUCUGGAACAAAGAAACCAACGAGAGCUUUUGGAAGUUUCCUUCAGAUGUGAUGAAAGGGGUGGUGGAGUUUGAUCGUAAAGAACGAGAAAAACGAGAGAGGAGGGAGCGAGGAGAGCCCAGCGAUGAUGAAGAUGAUGCUGCCAUGGCCGAGGUCGAGGCGGAGCUAGCUGCUGCGGAGCAGGAGAUCGAAGAGGCUGAAGUGGUUUCUGUGGAAGGAGACGAGGGGAUGGAGAAUGAAGAGGAGUACGAGGAAGUCGAGGUCACCGAUGAUGAGGGUGGGGAUGGUUUUCAUACGGAGCAACCUUCCAAACGGCAGCGAACAGAGGAACCCACCGAAGACCCUGGCAUGGAAAUGGGCGAGGAUGAUAUGGCUUGGCAACUGGCUCAGAUGGAGGAGAUGGAAGCAAUGGCCGAGGGAUACGGCGAUGAGGACGAGGAAGAAGGCCUACCAUUGACCGAAGAAGAUUGCAAAGCACUCUUCAAGGAACUAUUGGAGGACUUGCAGAUCAACCCGUAUACACCGUGGGACAAGAUUCUCGAUGGCGGUGCACUCUUUGACGAUGACCGCUACAAGGCUUUGCCGAACAUGAAAGCCCGGAAAGAAUGCUUCGACGAAUGGGCCCGUGAAAAGGCGCAAUUUCUCAAGGAACAAAAGGCGAAACAGCAAAAGCUUGACCCGAAGAUUCCGUACCUCGCAUUCCUACACGCGCAUGCAACACCUAAGCUAUACUGGCCAGAAUUCCGCCGAAAAUUUAAAAAGGAGCCAGAAAUGAAGGACACAAAACUGCCAGAUAAGGACAAGGAGAAACUGUAUCGAGAUCACAUCAAGAGACUGGCACUGAAACCGUCGGAUCUCAAGUCAGACCUCUCUGCUCUUCUCAAAGCACAGCCUCUUGCAUCUUUGAACCGGGACACCACUAUUGACACCCUUCCUCAAUCAAUCUUGACGGAUCUCCGCUUCAUCUCACUGCCUGGGUCAACUCGGGAUUCCCUAGUUAAAACCUACAUCUCUACAUUACCCGCAGCACCGGAAGGCGCCGCUGCUUCCGCCGAAGAGGAGGCCGAGGCUGCUAAGAAACGCGCUGAGCGACAGAGGAGAGAAAAGGCCCUCGCAGACCGGGAGUCACGGGUACGCGAAGAAAAGAGAAAGGCAGAGCGCGAAGCUGCCUAUGGGAAGCAUCGACUGCGCGAGGAAGAAGACGAGAUCCAGCGCGCGAUGAAAGUUGGCAAGGAGGGCUUGAGAGCUCAGCUAGGUGAAUACCCCGGUCAGAAUGAUGGCCCUUAGAAUAUCCGGAAUCGCAGUAGACCAACCCGUAAUAUAAAUAUUUGCACGAAAGCUGUAAAGCGAUAUCAGUG